UCAGGGGCUCGCGCGCCACACGCGCUCUUAUCACCCGAUAGCCGUGGAGGAGAAAAACAGCAGGUGGUGAUCAGGUUGAAUCGCAGACAUGAUUCCUUUUCCCAUCUGAAGAACCAACCAAUCAGCUGUCAGGAUGAUGCCCAAGCAGCUGGCUCAGACGUCUCCGGGUAGUGUGUUAUCUCUGAGAGGGUCCAGCGUCCCAGGAUCCCCUGCCGCCCCCAUCGUGGCCAGAGUGGAGGACGGCGUUAUCGGCUACAAGGACCUGGCGGCUUUACCGAGAGACAAAGCUAUUCUGGACAUCGAGAGACCUGACUUGAUGAUUUACGAGCCGCACUACAGCUACAGUCCACUAGAGAGGUCUUUGUCUCCUCGCUCCAUCUCUCCUCCUCCCUCCCCAGUGAACCUUCUCCCCAAGGAGCCCAAGGAGUGGCUGGAGAACCGGUCUCCUGGAGGUUCCUCCUCUAGUUCCACUGUCCAGACGUGCCGAACGCACAGCGCAAGCACACCGCCCACUCCACACACGCUGAACACCAUGCAGACACACUCGUCCUGUCUCAAGAGCGUCGUGCAGCACUUCCACAGACCCCAAAAUGGCACAAACAUCUACAAGAAGCCUCCCAUCUACAAACAAGAUGCGUUGCCCUCUGCAGUCCCUCAGGGGAAACACAUUGAGGAUCUGAUCAUCGAGUCGUCCAAAUUCCCGGCAGGUCAGCCCCCUGAUCCCAACAUCCCCUCCAAGAUAGAGACGGACUACUGGCCCUGCCCCCCCUCCCUGGUUGUUGUUGAGAAGGAGUGGAAGAAGAAGGAGCAGGAGGAGCCAGAGGAGGAUGGUGAGCAGGGUGAUGAAGUUUGGGGACUCAGAGCGCUUCAGAAACAAGAACUGAACAAGAUUCAGUCAAAUCUGGGAAAAAUCAUCUUGAAGGAGGAGCUGGACAAAUCUGCAACUCCUCUGAGGAGGAAAACUCGCUCGCUGCCAGACCGCAGCCACAACACCGCGUGGCUGGAAAUCCGCAGCCGCCCAAAGUCCCACUCUUCAUCCCUACAAGGCGGUCCCGCCGGCUCCACGCAGCUCGUGCAGGCAGCACCCGAUGCUUCCCAGACCGCAGGUUUGCCAGCGUCCUCAAAAACGGGUCUGGCCCGGCUGCAGUCAGCAGAAUUCAGCUCCAGAACAGCUGCAGUUCUACAGAAUGGAGACUCCAGGAUGGACAGAGGAAACUCUCUCCCAAGCAUGUUGGACCAUAAGAUCUACCCCUAUGAGAUGCUGGUGGUGACUCACAGAGGGCGGAGCAAACUGCCACCGGGUGUGGACAGAACCAGACUGGAGAGACACCUGUCCCCACAGGAGUUCCUGAGUGUUUUUGGGAUGUCCCUGGAGGACUUUGACCGUCUGUCUCUCUGGAAGAGGAACGACCUGAAGAAGAAGGCCUCCCUCUUCUAAUGGGACUACAUCACCCACAAUCCCGUGCACUCCCAAAAUUACCACAGGAGACGGUUGUGAUGCCACAGACUAAAUCAGAUGUCACUACCAGCACCGUUAACCAUCACCUCUGAGGCCUGGCGAGCCGCCUGCUCGCCGCCGCCUCAGCAAGCGCCAGCGCUCACUAGAUAUUUGUCGAUGUCACACGCUUCAGGUUUCACGUGUCUGACAUGCAAUUAUGAGUUUUCCAUCAGCUGUACACAGGAACCAUCACAGCCACGAGGCCGUAUGGUCAGCGUUCCUUCUUGGAGGUCAGUUAAAGGUCACAAUGACAAAACAAGCUGAGCGGCGUCCUGCGCGCUCCUGAAAAUCAUAGAAUCAGCAAAAGAGUAACUGACGUUUGGACAUCGUGGAAACGCAUCACGAGCUGUCACUCUAUAGAUGUCAAAUCACAACCCGCGGUGUCAUGGUAACCACGGCAAUCCUCCCACACCAUAUGUGACACACCCAGGAAAACGUCUUCAACAUCAAAAGUUUGGGAAUGUGACUGAAUGUUAACUCCGACCGUAACCUUACACUUGAUGCUAACCAUAGCAGGAAGUGCAUUUUCAUUUACGUCCUCUUUCUGAGUGCAUCACGCUAACAAACAUGAACGGACACCUGGUGCGGUUUCAGUUGUCAGAAUCUCGGCUUUCACAUAACUUUGUUUUUGUUUGCCGUUUAUGAUAAAUACAACACGUCCUGUUUCCCGAACGUCCAUGUUACGUUUGAACAGAAUCGUAGUGUGAUUUCAGCAUUUCUACUUUGUGACUAAAUUUCAGUUUAUUUCUAUUUAUUUCACCACAAUUCAGCCACAGAGUUGAAAUAUUCACUUGAUAAAUUUGCAGAAAUUUUUCUGAGUUUAACCAGUGAACUUUGAUGUCAAAUCACAUGCAGUCUGUAAAUAAAUUUUAUAAAAUUAUACCACAUCAAAGUAUAAAAUGAUAAAAAAAAAUUAUAGUGAAAACAAUAUUGUUUGCUGUUGUAUAAAUAGAUUCCCUUUAAGUCAUUUUUAACUUAUUAUUCAGGCAGCGACUAAGCUAACAGGCAGUCAGUACUUUGGCAAGCGAUUAGGUAGGUUGGCUCGUUAGCAUGUAGCUGGCCUGAAGCGUGUUUGUAAGCACAUCAUGUGCUCUGCUAACAGUUUUUAAUGUCGCCCUGAUUAAUACUAAAUAACUGAACGGUGUAUUUGCAGUUUAAGACACUCGCGUGUGAUGCUUAGCUACAAAGUGUCCUACAAGAAAUCCCCUUAUUAAUCAGUUUCCAGCACCGCUGCUAGCGUCAGCGUUGGUGCGACCGCCCUGUAGGCUGUCGGCGACCUUCAGGACGAGGUUCUUUAGAAAGUUCAUAUGAAGGUGAAGCUGAAAGUUCUUCUUUAAACACAUGAAGCUAAUUGGUUGUGGUGGUUUGGACACCUGCAGGGGCGUGGCCAGGUUUUAAGGACUGGUGCUGUGAUUGGGUGACUGUGAAUGUGAACACUGAAAGAUUCUGUAGGGGGGUGGGCGCUAACAGCUGGUGGGUGGAGCCACAGUGAAAGUUGCUCAGACUGAAUCCUUUAGAACUUUGAACAUAUUAAAGAACUUGAUGUUGUCCCGCUACUUCAGUCGUCUUACUGCAUGGUUAAAAGUAAAAUCACAAAUUUAGACAUUUAAUUGUAGAUAAAUGUCAUGAAUUUAGAGACCAAAGCAACAUUUUUGACAGUUUUUACAGAGACACUGGACAGAGUUUGUGUUUCUGUGUUUGAUUGAUAUGGCUGAGUGUGGCGUGGCACAGGAGGUAAGACACAGUGUGGCGUGGCACAGAAGGAGGUAAGACACACGAUGCAGACUUGCAGGCAAAGGAGUAAAGGUAAAAAGGCUUUAUCAAGAUAACAGGCAAAGGUACGGUACACAGUGUGGCAGUUAGCGGGGCGGUGGUACAGUUCGACGAGAGGCAGAAUUGUAGGUCAGCAAACAAGCAGGGAUCAGGAUCAUGGAGUGGCGGAGGUCAGAGAAAACAAGCAAGGUCAAAAACACGAGGCAAACAGGACAGCAACAAGGACGCGAGUAUGUGAAACAAGUUCAACAAACUGGUAGGGGACAUAGAGACAGUGAGGGCUUAAAUACCAGGAGAGUAAUCAGGGCGUGAUGAGAAGCAGGUGUGAGGAAAGUUCUAGAAGGGGCGUGGCCAGACAAGACAGGGAAGACAGGUGGGUGUGACAGACAAAACAACUGAGUGCAAGUGACCCCACCCACAACCAACAGAGACAAAAAGAACUGAAUACCACAGAAAAUAAAAGGCAAAAAACUAAGACAGAACUCACCAUGUGGCUAAAGAAUAAAAGAAAACAACUAAUGACUACAGUGAAAGACAGAGUGCAAAUACAAAGAAAAUAAAAAGCAACAACUAAACUAGAACUCACAGGUGGCAAACAUAGAACAUCAUAUGAUCAAAACCAAACAGAUGAGUGAUACACUAAUGAUAACAAAGUGGCAAACAGGCUAAUGACUAACUAGAAAAAAAAUGAUCACACAAAACCAGAGAUAACAGAAAAUGCAAUAAAUAACAAACGGAAACACUAGAAGAUAAAUAAUAACCAAAACCUGUGACUAAAGCAUAAUACAAUAAAU